AUGAGUGCCAGCCUGUCCGCCUACACCACCCUCGAGUCGCUCCUGCUGUUCCAGUCGCUGCACGCCUAUGGCGUGGCCUCGACCGUCUUCAGCACCAUCUCGGACCUGCUGAAGCGCAACCCCGACGUCACCGACCAGAAGCACUAUGAGGCCGGCCGCCUGAGCCCCGACGCCAUACGCGCCUUCUACGUGGACCGCCUGAAGCGAGAGGUGGAGCUCGAGCAGGGCGCCGAGCAUGGCGGCCACAACAGCGACACGGCGAACCCGCGGAAGCGCAAGGUGGCCAGUCCGAAAGGGUCCACGGUGCAGGAGCUGCUGCAGCACCAGGACCUCAUCCCGCGGCUGGUCGAGAAGCUCUACGCGACGUACCGCAACGAGAUCACCGAGCUCAUCAGGGCCGAGGAGGAGAGACACGACCGCCUGCAGCGCGAACUCCAGAGCAUCGAGCGCGGCGAGUGGGACGAGCAGCUGAAGGAGCGGGCCAACGCAAAGGCGCACGCGUCGCGAAGCCCCACCCUGUCCACGAGGUCGCCCCAUGCCGCGCAGAAGUCGUUGCAGAGCAAGGCGGCUCCCCAGGUGGCUGCUCAGAAUGCUACACCACAAUCCAUCGCCGCUUCUCCGCCGUCGCAGCAAACCCACCCACAGCCACUGGUGCCGCCUCCUGGGUUCCAGCAGUUUGCCCAGCCCCCAGGUGCGGGAUACAAUGGACCGCCGUAUGCACAUCUCUCGCCCCACCCCCCAGGACCGCAGUCUCAAGCACCACAAAAUCUACCACCACAGCCUGGCCCCCACCAUAGUCAGUCUCCGGUCGCAGGCCAUCCUCCUGGCCCUUUCCAGCAUCAGCCAAUUCAACCGUACGGAGGCAAUGGGGUUCCUCAGUAUGGUCCACCUCCUGGCUCGUCUCCACAAUACCCGCCAGUCCAUCAGCGUCUCCCUCACCAGCAGCAUCUGAGUGCCCAGUCUCCAGGCGCACUACCCCCACAGCAGCAGCCGAGGAUUUACUACCCUCAUCCUGGACAACCACUGCACCCCAAUCAACAACCUCCGGCACUUCAGCCUCCUCCCCAGGCCGGGUUCAUGCUGCCACCAUUCCAGGUCUCCCCACAGGAUCCGUCGCGCGUCCACAAUUCACCGACUGUACCGCCACACCAUCCUCAGGCAUCUACUCCUGUAAGCCACAGGCAGCAAGCACCGACAUCGAAAACACUCGCUCAAACACCUGGUCCCUACAGACCAGGCGUGCCGUCCAUGCACCCGCUGGUCACCCAAGCCAGACAGUCCUUCUCCACACCGACGAACUCGCGAUCCCCACAUAGCGCUUUUGGUACGCCGGUAUCUGCGAAGAGCCAAUGGAAGCGUCAGAACCUCGUUGGGACUCCCGUGACCCCACGACCCGAGCUUGAACCCAUAGACGACUUUCUAUCUUUGUCUGCGUCGAAAGCGAGCGCAUUCAAGGCAAGAUCGUCUCGUAGAUCGAGGACAAAGGGCAAAGCAAAAGCAAAAGAGCCGGACAAUGUAGCAGAGGAAACGUCUACACAAGAAGCGUCUACACAAGAGGCUAAUUCUGCGCCUGCGACGCCACAAGUGAUAGAACCAUUGGACGAGCCUGCCCCUGAGCUGAAUACAAGACAGGGUCGAUCACGGCGCAAAGCAGCUGCCAAGCGGGCCAGACCCGGAAGUAUAGCCUCUUCACGAGCAGGCGGCUCAGUGCGAGAUCGCAGCAGGAGUCAGUCGAUCUUGUCUCACACGGAGACUGUGGCUGCAGAUAACGAGUCGCAAACUGGUAAUCCAAUCAAGUCGGAGCGCGGAACUUCUGUCGACGCGGUUGAAGAAGAGCCUGUCCAUACACCCUCACAGAUGGUAACUCGCCGACGAGGUGCUGCGCGAGCACAUUCCACAACACGGCGAAAGCGAAACGCGCGUGAAGCGUCACUGGAAGAACCCGAAGAUCAAAUCAGCACACCAGGACCGCCUCGAACUAUCAUUGCGCCCCGCCGCUUCUCGCACAUGUCGAAUCCUAUCAUGAACGACAUAGGCUCACAUAGGCAUGCGUCCUUGUUCAGUUCGGCAGUUCGUGCCAACAAUGCACCGGAUUACUACAAGAUCAUCAAGCGCCCAACAGACCUCAAAUUUAUCCAAAAAGCCAUUGCCGCAGGAGCGAAGCAGGUAGCAGCUGCAGCGUCCGAUACUCCAGUCGGUAGUCCCGGCGGAGCUGGAGGCGUUGUCGAGCUACCCAUGACAAGCAACACGAUCCCUCCCACUGCGAUUGUCAACUCGUCGCAGCUGGAGAAGGAGCUCAUGCGUAUGUUUGUGAAUGCUGUCAUGUUCAACCCUGGCGAGGAAGGCGUUGUGGAGGAUGCGAGGCAGAUGUUCGAGACGGUGCAGCGGAGCGUGUCGAAUUGGCGGAACGUGGAACGGUCGAGCGGGAGGACGGAGGUGGAAGAUACGCCGGCUGCCGAGGAGGAGGAAGCGCCUACAGCGUCCAAGAGGAGGAAGGUUUAG